AUGGCCCAACUCAUAAGCCCAGCCCAGGGAGGCAGGUCAUUAGUCAUUCCUUCCUCCUUGACCAAAUCACUGGGAUCUCUCGCCUCGUCUCGUUUCUCUCUCCUCAGGAACGCAAUGAGCUUGGCACUGGUGCAAGGCUACUUAUCCGCAGAUGAAGAAGAAGAACAAGAACCCAAAGACCUAAACUCUUCAGACGAUGACGACGACGACGACGACGACGACGGAGACAUUUCGAAUAACCGUUCCGGCUACAAACCCUUGUUCGACUUCUCUGCAAACCCUUCCUCUUCUUCGUCUCUCCCGUCUGCUCUCGACAUAUUCUCUCAGAUUUCAGCACCGCCGGAGUUUCUGAACAAUUGUGUACAAGAACCGGUGUCAAGAGAUGUUGAUGUGAAGCGAUGGAGGCACGGUGGCCGGAGAAACCGCCAAGAGAAAAAAGAUUUACCUGCUGGUAAUGUGAUUUAA